AUGCAGGCCAUUCCCCCAAAAGGUCGAGGAAUGCUCGACUAUCAAGCUCCAUCACUCUUCCAACCACAUCGAGCACGUCAGGCCAUACGUGACGCCCAUGAGGGCAAGAUCGGGCCGUUGGUGGGCAUCUACUUGGGACUUAGCUCUAUUCCGGUAGCAAGGCACGUCGCAUCUUUCGGCUUUGAUGCUGCAUGGGUUGAUUGGGAGCACUCAUCGUGUAACGUUGAGACCAUGACCACAAUGGUUCACGAACUUAUGUUCAUGUCCGGCGGACGCACCAUACCCUUCGUCCGUAUUCCCGGCCACGACCAUGCCGCAGUUGGCUAUGCCCUUGACGCCGGUGCUAGCAUUGUCGUUCCGCAGGUCGAGACGGUUGAGCAGGCCAAACAUGUCGUCUCAGCCGCCAAAUUUGGCACCAAAUAUGGUGGCACUCGCUCGGCACCGCCCUUCCGCCUGAUCCCGGGUCUUACGGACGGACUCGUCGACCCCUCCCUCUCCCUUCACGAAAACCUCAACCACCAAGCCGCCAUCAUCAUCCAGGUCGAGACCCUCGAGGGCAUCCGCAAUCUCGACGCCAUCCUGACAGAGUGCCCGCAGAUCGAUGCCGUUUGGCUCGGCACCCUCGACGCCCGUGUCUCCAUGAACCUGCCCGGUAACAUGGGCUUCGGCGGCCAGGAACAGGAAUGGCAAGACGCCGUGGCCCUGUACGAGGCCACCAUGCAGAAGCAUAACAAGCCCAAGUCCGGGUUCGCGCUGGGCCCGCCCGAGUUGCGGAAACAGAUGGCUAAGGGAAAAUCCUUCGUCAUAUCCUCAGGGGAUGUGGUCGCGUACAUGGGAUUCAGUCAGGAGAUCGCGGAGGCGAGGGAGCUGUUUGAGCGGAACCAGCCCCAAGUGGCGAAGGAGGUGGAGAUGACGAACGGAGAAGCCAAGAAGGAGGCCAGGGAGAAUGGCACGGCUGUAACAGUUGAUGUGAAGGCUUAA